UCUUAACAAGUGUUGCUAUUAAGUUAACUCGAAAGAAGAGCCGGCUGCUACCUGUCACGGAAAUAAAUUUGUGGCUAGGACGGGAGGUGUCACUAUAUGGGCGGCAGCAGUCUGUCAUUAGCCUCUGAAAGGAUUAGAGAGAUGAAUGCAGUUCAAAGGGAGCAAGAAAACGAGACGCUAGUAGAAGCGGCGCUUCGUGUUUUAAACACAGCGGACCCCUUCGAGAAGGCCCGACUCGGCGGCUCAGUUGCCUCCAAAUGGCUCCAAGGAAUUAUCACCCGUCCCUACGAUCCAUUCCAGGACCUUCCCCUGCCCGAUCGCCCCGCCAGGCUCACCAACGUUAAGUUGGUGUCGCCAAGUUUGAUGCCAAAGCUUGGGAAAGCAGGUAGCUUGCACAGCAGGCAAGCCAUCGUGCAUAGUCUUGUACAUACCGAGAGUUGGGCUAUUGACUUGUCUUGGGAUAUAAUUGCUCGUUUUGGUAAGCAAGAGGCAAUGCCAAGAGAAUUUUUCACGGAUUUUGUGAAGGUAGCUCAAGAUGAAGGUCGACACUUCAGCCUGCUUGCAGCUAGACUCGAGGAACUUGGCUCUUAUUAUGGUGCAUUACCUGCUCAUGAUGGGCUUUGGGACUCUGCAAUUGCUACAUCCAAGGAUCUUUUGGCACGUUUGUCAAUUGAGCACUGCGUCCAUGAGGCAAGAGGACUUGAUGUGCUGCCAACAACAAUCUCUAGGUUCCGUAAUGGAGGUGACGAUGACACGGCUGAUUUGCUGGAGAAGGUAGUUUACCCAGAAGAGAUUACACAUUGUGCUGCUGGAGUAAAGUGGUUUAAGUAUCUUUGUCUGAGAUCCAGAAAUCCAGCUUUAUAUCAAGACAGCCUGGCAUCACAAGAAAGUGAGACUCCAGUGGAGGAGGAAAGUGAAGAAGUGAUUCAGAAAUUCCAUGCCAUAGUAAGGACACACUUUAGGGGGCCAUUGAAGCCACCCUUUAACGAGAAAGCAAGGAAAGCUGCAGGGUUUGGCCCUCGGUGGUAUGAGCCACUUGCCGUGAAAGGACCUGCCUCAGAAUCUUAACACCGGAUAUAUACGAAUUUGGUAAACAGUGUUCAUCUUAUUUAUUUUGCUUUUGAGCUCCUACAUAACUUAGCCAUCCCCCAACUCAACCCCUAUGGUACCUACAUGGCUCUGAUUUAUUAAGGCAUCGUCAAAUGCUAAUGCAUAGACAGUGUUCAUAAAAAAAAAAAAUUUUUCUUUAAAUUUUGAACAAAAUCUCUGAAACAUUCAAAAUUUUGAUGAUUAUGGGAAAGCAUAUCACAAUGGCUUUAACCCUACUGAUUUUUUCAUUGUAUGAAUAAUCACUUUUCUUUAUUGAAGACGACUGUAUGAGCACCAUAGUAUCACAGAAAGAGAAGUUUGGCUCUUUCAGGAUCAAUUUUGGUUUCAUUCAUUUAAAGUGUUAUGUUCUAUAUGCAGUUAGAAAGAGAUUGGUUUUGAUCUCCUUCAUUCUCAGCCAUUUACUGCAAUGAGAGACCUUAGAAAUGUUUCCUAAACUCAAUGUAACAUGUGAAGAGAAAUGUUACAUGUAUGGGCCAAUUCUAUGGGCAUUCUUAUGACUUGCUGCCAUUACUUGUUUAA